ACGCCUCCACAUCUGCCGCUACCGCUGCCUCGCUGCUGUGCUUACGAAUCUUCUUCCCCUACCGCCUCAGGCACCUCGACCCGUGCUGAACACCAGCUUCCUGUCGCCUCACCCGCCAGCUGCCUCGCCGCCUCGACUUCCUCAAUCGCCGCGCUGCCCCGCCUGCACAGCCGUAAUUGAUUUCUAAUAAUCUUUCCCUCCUUAAUUGAUUUCUUUCCAACAGAUACAACUCGUAAAUUCUGAGAAAAGAGGGGGCAGAAAUCGUUUGAUUAACAAUGAAAAUUUGGGGAAGACUGAUAAAUCGAGCAAUUCUUCUGAGCAGUAGCAAUGGCGGAUUACUAUCGAAACCCUUAAAUCCUCGAAAUGGGGCUUGUGGGGCCGGCACAUUCCGCCGGAACAUCUUCUCGUCUCCUUCGAGUUAUUUGUCGGAUUUGAACAUGCUGAAGUCUUCAUUACGCUUCUCCCAGCGGAAUCAGUUUCAAGAGCAGAGGAGGAGCAUGUUUAUCCAGACACAGUCAACUCCUAAUCCCGCCUCACUGAUGUUUUAUCCCGGGAAGCAAGUUAUGGAGACAGGGAGUGCCGACUUUCCUAAUGCACACUCUGCUAUGAGUUCGCCACUGGCAAAGAGUCUGUAUGGAAUUGAUGGAGUGACCAGGGUGUUCUUUGGAUCAGAUUUCGUGACCGUGACAAAGUCAGAUAAAAUCUCAUGGGAUUUGCUCAAACCUCAAGUCUUUGCAGCAAUCAUGGAUUUCUAUUCUUCUGGACAGCCGUUGAUAUUGGAUUCAGCUGUUGCUCCCUCCAUGGACACAGCCAUCAAGGAAGAUGAUUCAGAAACUGUUGCCAUGAUCAAAGAGCUCUUAGAAACUCGAAUCCGGCCAGCAGUACAAGACGACGGUGGUGACAUUGAGUAUGUAGGGUUUGAUCUGGACACCGGAAUAGUUAAGCUGCGAAUGCAAGGAGCCUGCAGCGGAUGCCCUAGCUCAUCCGUCACUCUGAAAUCUGGCAUUGAGAACAUGCUAAUGCACUACGUCCCUGAGGUCAAAGGUGUGGAACAAGAAUUUGAUGAAGAAGAAGAUGCAACGCUAACUGGAGCGCCACACGAGGUGAUGAUCGCUAUGGAGCACUUAGAUGGGGGUCGUGAAUUUCCCCGUAGGUCGGUAGUUUCUUAACUGAAUCCGCCUCGUACAAUGGAUUUAAGGGCUUCUUUAAGUUAGAAAGUUUAAAAUGGUUGGUGAAUAGAUAGAUGCUGCGUUGGAACUAGGUAUCGAGGCGACAAGGAGGCUUGUACUAGAAGGAUCAGUGGUCGAAUAGAAAAGAUUCAAUCUUGGGAAGAAAUACAAGUUAGUAUCAUCAAGUUUGAUUUGAUUUGAUUUGGAGAUGUUUUGUCUAAGUGUAAUGUAAGAGGACAAGAUAUAAAUCAUGGUAUCAAUGUUCAAAUCUCAGUCCUUAUAUUU